AUGCAUCAUUCUAGAAGUUUCAAGUUUUGGAACAGGUUUAGGAAAGUUUCAUGCUCUUCAAGGCUCCAAUGGUUUAGAGAGGGGGAUAGAAGGGUGUGUGAGGAAGGAGGCAAAGAUUGGUGUGUAAGAGAGAGACUCUCUCUUGGUGUGGCUGAAGACAGGGACAGUGACAGUGCAGACAAGAACAGAAAACGUGCAAAAGGAAGAGGACUAGUUCAUAUGACACCAAUGGUUUCAGUUUCUAUAUAUUAUGGGGUUCAGCCUAUGGAUCAUACAUUGCUAACCGUAACAUUAUCCAGAGAAACCAAAAAAGUCAACGCAAAAGGGUUUUUCCUAGUUGAUAGCUGGUUCGAGACGAGUAGGGAUGCGGUGCUUGAGAUGAUGGAGAGCAGUCAGAACUUGUUCUAUACUGGAUGUUUUCUACAUCAGUUACAGUACAACCCAAUUGGAAUAUGGGAUUGGAUAAAGGAAAAGGUGACCAUUGAAAUGUCCAACAGAAUAAAGACAGAUGGUAAACAGAUGCUCAAUUAG